GCGCAGGUAGGGGUGAGAAGCAUGGCGGAAGCAGAGGAGUUUGAGGGAGCGAGUCUGAGGAAAGAACUGGAAUAUAUAGAGAACGAGCUGCGGACGUCCCUGGGUCUGGUCGCCGCGUCCAACGAAUACUGCCUGAAGUUUUGUCGGGUAACUGAAUGGCAUGCUGGGAAAUGGCAGGUGCCUUUGCCACUACUUCAAGUGCUUAAAAAUGCUAUUUGCUGUUUUACCAAAGCAAGACCACUUCUCGCUGCAGAAUGUGAACAUGUCCAAUACGUCUUGAGCCGGCUGGCUUUGAGCUGCUUUGAAGUAUUGCUAUAUUGUAGGGAAGAUGACUCGUCAAAAGAGUUUUGGGAAGAAUUUUUAAAAACCAUUCAGGAAUGUUACAUUGUUUUACAAAAGGACUUGAAUGCAGAACUUGAUGUACUUAUCAGGAUGAGUAAAAAUGGAGGACCAUGGCAAAAUCCAGUUCUGAUGUCCAUCCUUAACCAAGAGUUAGUUACUCAGGAAUUAGUAGAUGAAUAUUUGGGAUCAGAAUCUCCGGUGUUCUUUGAAUAUAGAGUGAAAUACUUGAUGAAGUACAAGCAUAUCAGAGAAGCAAUGACACUGACCAAAUACUGUGUGAAUCACCCGCAGACUGGCAAAAACAAGUACUUUCUCCACCUAUUUUUAACGUGGUUAUGCCGCUCAUUCCCAGAAGAAAUCAUGUUGCAGGAGAUUGCUAGAAUUGACUGCCAGGAAGCCCUUGAUGUUAUUUGCAGACUGGAUUCAGAAGGACAAGUGGAAUUGUCUUGGAUAUUGUGUGUGGCUUUCCUUACUCAGCAGCUAAGAAAUGGAGACAUGUAUUGUACUAGGGAAUUGAUAUUAGUGUGGAGUAAGCUGCAGCUGAAACUUGAUGCAUCCAAGCAACACUUUUUAGAGAAGUGUCAUCACCUUCUAUUAACAUCCAGAAAUGUCAACCAUAUCUUUCUCUUUAUCAGGGUUAUUCAGAAUGAGGUUGGAGCUGAAGGCUUGCAAUUCUGCGUUGAACUCUGUGCACGUGCUCUACGGAUGGAUUAUCAAGAUGAACCAAAUACAAAAACUUUAGUGUGUAAAACGCUGUCAUAUCUGCUGCCAAAUGAUUUGGAUUUCUGUAGAGCAUGCACUAUUACAGUUUUUUUCUCUGAGUGUACAUUAGAAACUUUUCAUGCUGUUGAAAAUCUAUACAGUCAGCCGGAUCAGCCAUACACUGAAGAUACCAGCUCAGUUCCGAGCUUCCUUCGUUGCGAGCUGCUGCUUGUUUUAAAGAACACCUGGCCUUUUGAUCCAGAAUUUUGGGACUGGCGGAUUUUGAAGAAAAAUUGUCUUGCUCUAAUGCGUGGCAAAGUGGCCUUAAUUAAAGCUCGCGGAAGAGAUCUAUUUGUGAAGUUUGGAAACAACGCGUCAGCUAAUAUCAACACAGAUAUCAAGACCAUGGAGAAACCUAACAGGUUGCAGCUCAGCCCAGGCACGUCCCGGGCAGAUGGCCACAGUGCAGUGAUGCAUCGUUGUGUGUUGUGUAAAAAGGAGUUCCUUGGUGGGCAUAUUGUGCGACAUGCACAGGUUCAUCAGCAAAAAGGUGCCUUUCCUUGUCUCAUUUGUGCAAGGAAGUUCAGAUUGAGGGGACAGAUGCUGAAGCAUUUAAAGACUCACCUGAGGAAGAUUCAAAAACAAGAACUUGCUGCACACAAAAAUACUCAAUCUUCCAGUGUUGCCAAUGACGUGCAGGAAACCUGUCCCCUCACAAAUGGAAUUCCUGAUGGAAAAGUAUCAACUGCUUCAGAAUCUGCAAAUGCAGGUGAACAGAGUUAUUGUAAAACGUUUACAGAAAAUGAAGAUUUUAAAGUUGGUGUUGAUCUUCCAAUUGAGCCACACAGUUCAGCUGGUCUGGAUGGAGAACUGAAUGAACACUUCAAAACUCAGGAAGAUCCUAACAAAGAUGUUGCUCCUGAUACAGCUGCUGAUAAUGUUAUAGGUGCUCAGCUGGCAAAAGAAGAGUCUGCUUCAGGUGUGGAUGCUGUUCCAACCAAAAAGAAAAUGAAGAGCAGUUUUCUUGCUAAGCAAAAUUCAAUAGGUCACAGAAAUAAUGGAGCUCUAUGCAAACGAGAACAGGUAGAAGAUGAAGCUGUGUCAAAAGAAAAAGCAGAAAAUGACACAGGAAGUGAAGGUUUCCUUAAUUGUCCAGGCCAUGGCUGUUCAAAGGUAUUUACUAAGAUCCAUUUUCUGAUUAAACAUGCACGGAAGUUUCACUCCUCCGAUGAAAAUGUACAAGAUUACCUGAUGGAGUGGUAUAAAGGGAAGUGCCGUUAUUGCCAAAGAAAAUUCAUUCACUCGCAGCAUUUAAUUGACCAUCUAAAAAAGCAUGUGUAUCCCAAAUUAUUCUUCUGUUUACAAUGUGGCUGUAGUCAGAGGUUUAAAUCUGUUUCAGAACUUUUAACCCAUACUGAGAGUCAUAAAGUUUUUCAAGCACAGUGCAGCUUUGGCGACUGUGACAAGUUGUUUGAUAGGGUUGAUGUGCUUUAUGAGCAUGAGGCACAACAUUACUUAAGUAGAAAACCUAUCCACUUCACAGAUUGUGACAAAAGAAAAAGUCAAACAAGUACAGUACUAAGCCAUCAAGCAAAGGCAAAUGAAGAUAAAUGUUUAGAAAAUGAACAGAAUGUUGUGGAAUUCCCAGUUCCAUCAUGGAAGUCACGAAAAGAGUUAUCAGAACCAAAGACCUACCUUCACAGUAUGGCUGGCAAGCAAAGUGGAAAUCAAAAUGGAAUAGGCACACUUAAUGAUACUCCACAUGUUUCCAUUGAAUCGGAUCAAAAAAUGUUGACUGUUGAAUCAGGCAAAAUAAAUUGUAUUAAAAAUGAACAAAUUAUAAAUGGACACAGUAAACUGAAAGGGACUUUAAUUAAUUCAAAUGCAGAUACAUUUUCCUCAGGUGAUAUGCCAAAUGAUGGCAUUGUUGAUUCGGAUAAGGCCAGUCUUUCAACAGAUGAUUCAAGAUCAGAGUCUACAUCAGCAGUGUUGAAUGAUAGCAUUUCAAAAGAAGCUUUAAGGGAAGAAGCUACAGCAGUGUCACAAAACAGUGGCAGUCUGUCACAGCAAAGCAAGACUCCUUCAGGUUUGCAAUCAUCCUCUAAUCAAGAACAGAGUAGCAGUAGUAGUAAGAGUAGCAGCAGUAGUAAGAGUAGUAGCAACAGUAAGGGAGAAUCUGAAAGCUGUGGCAGGCAACAAAAGUACUAUAGGCCUCAGCCACCGAGCUACCUAGAUGAAAGGUAUAUCAGUAUGCCAAAACGAAGGAAGUUGGCCACCGACACAAACCAGUCUCCCACUUCACAUGAGAAUGCAGUUAAUGUAAAAAAUGAUAGACACAUAUGUCGGAAAUGUUUCAGGAUCUUCAACAGCAUUGAAGCAUUGGAAGGCCACAACUCCCAGAAAAAUUGUAGACCACUCUUUGUUAUGGAAUCGGAUAGUGAUGAGGGUGACUAGGAGUACCUUGCAAGAGAAUGGCCAUUCCGACAUAGCAGUUGAUAGUCAAACAAGAGAAUCAACUUGCAGAGUUCAUCUUCACUUAAUCCAAGUGCCAUGUAAGGACAGAAAGGGUCAAAGAAGACAAAAUAGCAAACAUCUGUCUUUUAAGAACACCAAAAUUUAAAAGUAGUAGCACUUAUUCAAGAAGUGCUCUUACACUGAAGAGUCUUGAAGUAUGGAGAAAAAUGUGAUGCCUUGUAGAAAUGGAUAUGAAGUGUGGAACCUUUUGUUUUACCACCUCAAAUUGGAAACUUGUGUUUAUUUUUAAUUUGUGUUGGGCCAACAAUCUAACAGCACAAUAGAGAAGCACCUGAAGACUUGCAUGGGUCAAAUUUUGCUGGGGCUGAGCAUUUUCCUGCACAUUUUGGCUCAAAUUUAAAUGCUUGGAUAUAAUUUGGGCUGAUAUCAAGGUAUCUCAGACCUUGGUAUUGACUGGAUCAACUAUUAUCUCAAUCAUUGACGGUUAAAGGUUGAGGAAGAAAGAGAAGAAUAGGUGAACUAGAGUCACAUCAAGUACAUAUAUGAUGGAAUGGAAAUGUUUUCAUCAAGAGAAAAAAAAUAGAAAGGGAAAUGAAGUUUUAAAAAAAAUGAAAUGUUUUUACCUUUUUAAGAAGAAUAUUACUACAUAGGAAUGAGAUUUGAUGGUUUAAAGUUUUCUCUUUCUGGGAUGGGGAGAUAUUGGCAUUGCAUUAACUCAUCAUGGGAUUAAAAGACCAUGUGCUUCGAAGUAUGAGCUCAGAAAUGUUGCAGUAAGCUUUUGGGCUUUUAAUAUACAAACCCAAAAAAUUCUUAUAAAUGGAAGGCUGAGGAUGAGGGGCCUUUUAUGGAGGCAAACAGUGGAGCAAUGUAGAUUGACCAGCAGGUUCUGGAGAUUCACAGUGUACAGUGUAUCCCUUCUUCCUCUGAAUCUGCUGGCCAGUUUGUGGAAUAAGCAACACUCUGCAUCAUGAACAAUAUCUAUUCAGGUAGAUUUGGCCCAACGUAGAUGCCUUUGAGCACAAUUCUAGCAGACCCAAGUUGGUUAAAUUCAGCUGAAAACCUUAAAGCUGCUUAUUAUAAUAGCUGAAGAGGAUUGCUCACAAGUGGAAUUACAUAUGUGGCUAGUUGUCUUCCAAAACAACAAUGUUGAAGAGUUACUGCUCUCUGCAUGUGCUGAAGAAAUAAGAGAUGAACACAAAGUUCAAAUUUGACUAGCUUAAUAAAGAUUUUUUUUUCUUGAUGCAAUAUCUUCUGUCGUAAUGCAGUGAGGACAUUAAAUGAAUGUAUGUAUUACUAUUGUUAAAGCUAUCCUAUCAGUUAUAAAACACUGGACUUUGACUCCCUGCUUUUCUAUAUUAGAUUUUAAAGUUACAAGAUGGCAAGUAUAGCAUGCACAUCAAUAUGACAUGCAGAAUUCAUAGCUCCUGAAGAAGUGUAUUAUUAGAUUUUUUGUUUACCUCAACAAAUGUGUUAAGUGUUAUCCUAAUCCACUAAAAUAUCUCUUGAAGCUUGUCAAUUCUGAACAUUUUGUUCAUCUUCACAAUAAACUUCCAAAGUAGGGUUAGUUACUUGCAAAUCAGACUGAUUUGGGGAUUAAGUUACGAACAUCAUCAUGAUAAUUACGUUCCUAAAUUUCAAAAUGAAAAAAAACGGUUGCUGAAAUUUAAAACCUACCUUGAUCAGAAUGAGCAGUGGUUGCCUUUAUGUAACAACUCUGAAAGUGCUCUAGGACUGAAAGAUAACCAGUAAAUAUCUGCAAAACUAAAGACAUUCUAAUCCAGAGCAUUACAAGGAUUUUAAAAAAAAGCAAUAAAGCCACAUUUGAGGUAAUAUGGAAAAAUCAAUUUACAUAGAAAACUCACUUAUUGGGCAAACAAGCCUUCAGCUCAGAUGCCUUAUUUUGAGUGCAGGGAUCCUUGGCUGUUGAAGAGUACAGGGCUUUGUUUUAAAUUAUCUUGUAGAAUAUAAUUUUGUUUGCAUUAUAUUCCGUGGUAGCCAGCAGUCUGCAAAUCCAACAUAGCAUUUAAAGACAGAUCAUCACCAACUGAAAGAUCUGUGUUAAUGCUUUGUGCUGGCUUAUUCAAAGCACUAAUAUGCAUUUGGGAAACAAAACUGUAAUGCAGGUGAAAAGGUAAAUGCACUAAACUCUCUAAUGUUGAAGAAGUCAACCUUUUCAGAAUAUUGCUUAUAGUUAUUUGCUCCCUCUGAAUUUUACCAUUGAAGUUGUAAAAUAUUGUAGAUGCAGAGCGGAAAGGUGAAAUGUUAGUACUCCACUCAUGUUCUUUGACUCGGCAAAGGUCAACAUCGGGACCAAGAUCAGUCUCUGUUGAUUAUAACCUGUUACUGGAACUGGUUGUUAUGCACCAAGAUUGAUACUCUGAGUGGAGGUAGAGGAAAUAGUCACUUCUGCACAUUUGGACCUGGAAAAUAACAUACUUCUCACUAUAUAUUUUGAAAGCAUAUGAACAUAGUAUUUGGAAAGAUGACUACCACAAUGAUGACCUGAGUGUGCACCUUUUGUUUUUAAAAAGUAUUCUUAGAUGCAAAAAUAUAUAAUACAGUGCAAUUUUAUUUUCCAGUAACUUGUGAUGAAAAAUGUCAGCCAACAUUUAUAGUUUGUUUUGCAUUCAUCUUGAACAGUCCUCUGGUCUGACAAACUGCAUGCAAUCCAACUAAAUUUUAAAGAUUAAUUUGUUCUUUGCGUUUAAAAUACAUGUAGUAUCACAUAUUGUGUGAUUGUUUUCACAUCAGUCAAUAUUCUCUUCAGUUUACUUUUUUGGAUCAACACUAGAAUGAUUUAAAUAAAAGUCAGGGCUGGAUGAAGGCCUGAACAAAAGAUCUGUACCCAUAUAAGGCAGAAGGAACAUUGUUAUUGAUAAACUUAGAGAAUAAACUUCUGUUAACUGUUAGGCAGGAACUGUAAUUCAUUUAAUUUGGUAAUUCCCUGAAGUAAUAAUGAAAAUGUGGUGAGAAAUAUCAUGUAGGUAUAAAUGAAUCUGGAACGAGAGUUGAGCCAAUUUGGGGUUGUAGCAUCUUGUGAUAAGGCCAUUCGCUGUUUAAAAUCUAGCUCCUAAAUCUUGCAGACAUUAAAAAUUUCAGUUAAAUGUUCAGAGAUUAAAUUUUAUAUUUGGGGCUUUUCCUACUUUUAGAAUUGAGUAUACUUAAUUGUCUAUUUUUAACAUGUGCACUAAACUAUGCUGGAAAAUGUUUUCUAUUGAUAAUUUCCAGUGAAUAAGGAAAGUAAUUAUGUCUUAGAGGUUGUAGUUACUGUAAAAUUUGCAGAGAAGCAAAAUGUAAAUUCUUGAUGAGCAUUAUACUGUUUCAGAAUAUGAUUUAUCCAUUCACAGUUACUGUUGUGCCUGUAAUAAAAUAAUAAUAUACUACUACUGUUUUAAGUAGGAAAGUGUACAUUUGAAAACUUUUUUUUACAAUUUCUACAAUUUGGUUGAUUAUUUUCAAUUUAAACAUUCUUGUAAUUAUUAGAGGUUAAAUUAUGAACGGGUGGUCUUUUAAAAUUUAGAUGGAUUACAUGGAAAUAGAGCUUGCUUUGAAGAAAACAAUUGCAGAUCACAAUAAAUUGCCCUUCUGUCCAUGGUAGAAGUUUUGUCCUUCAUUGGCACUUUGGGGUAUGGUUGUCAUGCUCAGGUCAUUUUUUGGGAUUUUCCAUCACAGCAUUAUUUUCCCUCUUAUGAUUUAAGAGUAAGCCUUUAAAGAACUAUUUAUUUCUUUAUCAAAAAAGGCACUGACAACUAAGGGAGGAAAGCCUUAUGGUAUCAAUGUUUUCUUAUAUUUGUAAAUUGAUAUUGGAAAAGGUUUCCACACAAGAUUAAAUACACUUUUGAAAUGAUAACUUUUGCACUUUUCUCUAUUGAUUAUUUGUAUUGGGGCUAUUUAAAAUUUGAUUAUUUCUGGUUUAGCAAGUUCUACAUUUUGUGCUUCCUUGUUGAACAUUUGUACAUUGUUCUACUUUUGUGCUUGUUAAUACAAAGCUCAAGCUGAGCCAUAAUUGAACUGCAGUCAUUCUGAUGGAUAUGGCCUAAAAAUUUUAAUUUUGAUGCAGUUCUGAAAACAUGAUUUGAAGAAAAUAGGGUUUCUUUUGUAUUUUGCCUGAAUUUAUUGAUUAAAAAAUCACUGUUGUCUC